AUGAGUGAGCCGAGCUAUGGCGCGGUACCCGCGGCGCCCGACGCCCCCGCGCUGUCCGUGGGCAAGCCUAUCGACUUCAGCGCCGAAGUGCCGGUGAUUCCUCCCUUUGCGACGGCAGUAAUCGGCCUAGUGGGCAUCGUGCUGUGGCUGCUGUUGCCGCUGAACAUCAUGUCAGCCACCUUCUGGACGCGGCUUCUUAUGUCCUGCGCUUUGAUGUCGGUAUGGAUUCUCACGAACUUCUGGGUGUUCCGCACCCUCGCGGCCCACGACACUGGCCCUGCCUUCACGCCAGUCAAGGGCCUCGCGCGAGAGGGGGCCUUCAGAUACAGCCGCAACCCCUUGUAUGUGGUGCUGCUGAUUUGCGUCUUGCCUACGCUGGGACUUCUCAUCAACUCCUGGUGGCCCAUCCUGCUGACACCCGGCCUCUUCGUCUAUUUGCACGUCUGGGUUAUUCCGGCCGAGGAGCAGUUCCUCUCGAAGAUCUUCGGUGCGGAAUAUCAGGAGUAUUGCGCCUCUACGCCCAGAUACCUUUGCUGCUGA